CCCGCCUUCCGGAUGAGGGACGGGGUCUGGCGUGGCGAGGACGAAGUUCUACACGGAAGUGCCUCAGGCCUGCGUUGCUAGAAUGAAGCACAUCAACUUGUCGUUUGCAGCGUGUGGGUUUCUGGGCAUUUACCACUUGGGGGCAGCAUCCGCACUUUGCAAACACGGCAAAAAGCUCCUGAAGAAUGUCAAGGCCUUUGCCGGGGCUUCUGCGGGAUCCUUGGUUGCUUCUGUCCUGCUAACAGCGCCACAAAAAAUAGAGGAAUGUAACGAGUUUACCUACAGUUUUGCCGAAGAAAUCCGAAGGCAGACUUUUGGGGCCAUGACACCCGGCUAUGAUUUCAUGGCCCGAUUGAGGAGCGGAGUGGAGGCGAUUCUCCCUGCCAACGCGCACGAGCUGGCUCACAACCGCCUGCACGUCUCCAUCACCAACACCAAGACCGGAGAAAACUACUUAGUCUCCAGUUUUCCCUGCCGGGAGGACCUCGUUAAGGUCCUGUUAGCCAGCAGCUUUCUGCCCAUUUAUGCAGGACUAAAACCAGUGGAAUACAAAGGACAGGUGCUGAUGAGCGGUGUGCUUUCCACAGAAGUGGAUAGACGGAGGCUUUACCGACAGCCUACCCCUCCUGCCUGUAGGCCGGACAGUGACCAUCUCACCAUUCAGCGGGCAAAUGGACAUCUCCCCGCAGGACAAAGGGCAGCUGGAUUUCUAUGUGACCAUCACCAAGCAGGACAUACUGUUGUCCAUGGCAAACUUGGUGAGGCUUCACCAAGCCCUUUUCCCACCAAGCGAGACGAUAAUGGAAUCACUAUAUCAUCGUGGCUUUGAUGACACCAUCCAGUUUUUACGCAAAGAAAGUUGGUUUGAAUACAACGCUUAAAACUUUACAAUGCAAAACACAUUUCAGACCUUUUUUUUUUUUUUCUUUUUUGCGGUAUGUGGGCCUCUCUCUGUUGUGGCCUCUCCCACCGCGGAGCACAGGCUCCGGACGCGCAGGCCCAGCGGCCACGGCUCACGGGCCCAGCCGCUCCGCAGCAUGUGGGAUCCUCCCGGACUGGGACACGAACCCAUGUCCUCUGCAUUGGCAGGCGGACUCCCAACCACUGCGCCACCAGGGAAGUCCCAGACCGUUCUUGAUGGGGGUUUCUAAUUAAAUCCUUUUUUAAAAGCC